GACGUCGAGUUCAGUUAAGCUUCAUUGUCAAUUGGAAAUUGUAAAUGCAAGGGAUAGUAAUGAUUGGUUGCGGCCGUUACGAGAACCGCUGGCUCCUAAGGAAGCGUCUGCUUAGUUAACAGUUUAUACGAACGACAGAGAAUAAGUUUGUGUUUAUCUUGAGUUAAAGACAACGUGAAUCUGAUUCAACAGAUGAAAAUUGUAUAAAUUGUAUAAGGAGCGGAUCGAUCGUUCGUCAUGAAUAGAAAUUGACAUACGACGCCGAAGGUGCUCCUCGUAAUGUCCAUAAUUUAACCCCUUAACGUACAAAAUUUUCUUCCGUUUACCGAUAGAAAAUGAGUAAAUCUUUUUAUAAUCAAAAUGAGUGUAAUAUAUUUUUUAUAAGAUAUAUAUUUUCUUAUGAGAUAUCGUAGCUUGAAUCCGUAAAGAUCAAUGACUAAAAUAAGCAAUUUGGCAAACGACGGACGUAUCGGGUAUGCCCGUAUAUGUCACGGCCGUGUGCUUUAAGUAAUUAAAGAUCUUUUUAAAAUUGUUAGAAUGGCUAUUAUCAGUUUAAUAAUUAUUCUGAUUGCAUGCUUUUUCAAACUUGUCCUCCUCUCUAAUGGAUCGCCAACUCUUCUCUUUGUCACACAAAAAGAUAUUAGAAUGGCCAAUGCCUCUCGUACUAAUAAAGUAACUACUAUUAUAAAAGAUCUGUCUGAAGGUGCAGCAUUAGAUUUUUAUUUUGAACAUGAACUAGUGUGUUGGUCUGAUAGUGGUUUAGAAAUAAUUCAGUGCAUUCAAACAAAUGGCACCCAUACUGGCGAAAAAACAAUUGUAGUAAAUUCCAGUUUAAUUUCUCCUGAUGGUUUGGCUUGUGACUGGUACACAGGAAAAUUAUAUUGGACAGAUGGAGAAAAAAAUAGAAUAGAAGUAACCAGUAUUGAUGGACGUCACAGAAAAGUCCUUUUUUGGACAGACAUUUAUCAGCCAAGAGCUAUUGCUCUUGUACCAAUGAAAAGUAUAUUAUUUUGGACUGAUUGGGGUGAUGUACCUAAAAUAGAAAGAGCUGCAAUGAAUGGAGAUCCAUCAACGAGAGAAGUGAUAAUUUCUGAUGAUAUAUUUUGGCCGAAUGGUUUAACAGUGGAUUAUGAAAAUGAAUUGGUUUAUUGGGUAGACGGAAGGCUUAAAUUUAUUGCAGUGAUGGAUUAUUAUGGAAAAAAUAGAAGAAAAGUCAUAGAAAAAGGGUUAGAUUAUCCAUUUGCAGUGACAUUUUUUGAUCACAAAUUAUAUUGGACUGAUUGGAAAACAUGGUGCGUACAUUCAUACGAUGUUCGUCAAACUCAAGCACUUCCUAGAGAAUUAUUACAUGGAGAAUAUAUACCUGGUGACAUAGAAGUUUGGGAUGUUAGAAGACAACCGUAUGGGAGUCAUCCUUGUGAAAAAAAUAAUGGAAAUUGUUCACAUUUGUGUCUUUUAAGUAUGACAGAACCUGGAUAUAGCUGUGCAUGUCCUACAGGUGUGAAAUUAGUGGAUAAUUUGACUUGUGCAGAAGGACCAGAAGAAUUGUUAUUAAUAGUUCAAAGAAAUGAAAUCUGUCGGAUUUCUUUAGAUUCACCAGAUUAUACUAAUUUUGUAUUACCAUUAACAGGAAUCAAACACGCGAUAGCAAUAGACUUUGAUCCUGUGCAAGAAAUGCUUUACUGGACAGAUGAAGAAGCUCGUGCAAUUCGUAGAGCUUCACUUGAUGGUUCCAAUCAAGAAAAUAUUAUAAUAACAGAAGUGGAAAAUCCUGAUGGAAUAGCUGUUGACUGGUUAGCACGAAAUCUUUAUUGGACUGACACGGGAACAGAUCGAAUUGAAGUAGCCCGGUUAAAUGGUACAAGUAGAAAAGUAUUAAUAAAUGAAGAUUUAAUUGAACCCAGAGCAAUUGCUUUAGCUCCAGAAUUAGGUUGGAUGUUUUGGACAGAUUGGAAUGAAAAACGUCCAAAAAUAGAGCGAAGUAAUCUGGAUGGUACUGAACGUAUUCUUUUAGUAAAUAAGGAUAUUGUUUGGCCAAAUGGAAUUGCUCUAGAUCUUGCACGAUGGAAAAUAUAUUGGUGCGAUGCAAAAACAGAUAAGAUUGAAGUGUGUAACAUGGAUGGUACAGAUAGAAGAGAAGUAAUUACAGAUAAUCUUCCACAUCUUUUUGGAUUAAGUUUAUUAGGAGACUAUCUAUAUUGGACUGACUGGCAAAGACGAAGUGUGGAUAGAGCACAUAAACUCACAGGUGGUGAAAGAGAAGUUAUUGUUGAUCAAGUUCCAAAUGUCAUGGGUUUAAAAGCAGUGCAUUUAGGAAAAGUUAAUGGUACAAAUCCUUGCGUAAAAAGUAAUGGUGGUUGUAGUCAUUUGUGUUUAAAUCGACCAGGAAAUAAGUAUGUGUGCGCAUGUCAAAUUGGAUAUGAGUUAACUAAAGAUAAAAAGACUUGUGUCGUGCCAGAUGCAUUUAUGUUAUUUGCUAGGAAAGAAAAUAUUGGCAGAAUUAGCAUCGAAAAUGCAAAUAAUGAUAAUAUUAUUCCAUUAACUGGAGUUAAAGAUGCAAGCGCCUUGGACUUUAAUAUAGCAGACAAUCGUAUUUAUUGGACGGAUGUUAAAUUAAAAACAAUCACAAGAGCCUUCAUAAAUGGAUCUGAUAUAGAAAGAGUCGUUGAUCUUGGUUUAGAAACACCUGAAGGUUUAGCAAUUGAUUGGAUUGCUCAUAAUUUAUACUGGAGUGAUACAGGAACACGAAGAAUAGAAAUGGUUCGAUUAGAAGGUUGUAGUAGAAAAGUCCUCAUUUGGAGUAACAUUUUUGAACCUAGAUGUUUAGCUCUUGAUCCUAGCAGAGGCCAUAUAUAUUGGACAGAAUGGGGAAAUUCUAGAAGUAUAGAAAGAUCAUAUUUAGACGGCACGCAUCGUGAGAUAAUACUUUCCAAUAUUGGAAAAGCAAACGGUCUAACAAUUGACCAUUCAGCACGAAAAUUAUAUUGGGCAGAUUUAUAUACUCCAGCUAUUGAUAGCUUUGAUCUGCGUACAAGAAAGAGAGUAGCAAUUAUAACAGAAAAUAUUGUAUAUCCAUUUAGUAUUACUCAGUAUCAAGAUUACAUUUAUUGGACAGAUUGGAAUACAGGUGAAAUAGAGAAAGCUAAUAAGACUACUGGAUUAAGCAGAGUGAAGAUACAUAAUAAGUUAGAAUCUGUAACAGAUUUAUUGGUUUUCCAUGCUUCUAGACAAGCAGGAUGGAAUCCCUGUGCAUUAAAAAAUGGCAACUGCACUCAUCUUUGUAUCGCUUUACCCGGAGAUAAUGAAAGCAUGUCGAAUUCUUUCAAAUGUGGGUGUCCUACUCAUUACAAUUUAUCAGAGGAUAAUAAAACUUGCAUUGCACCAAAAAACUUUAUGAUGUAUAGUUUACGCAAUGCAAUGUUUCGCUUUCUUCCCGAUACAAAUGAUUGUCCAGAUGUAGUUCUCCGAAUACAAGGUUUGAAGCAUGUACGAUCUAUAGAAUUUGAUCCUAUAACUCAACAUAUUUAUUGGAUAGAUGGACGAACUUUAUCUAUUAGGAGAACUUUGGAAAAUAAAACACAUUCCAGUAUAAUGAUUUCUGGAAAUUCUGGACAUCCAGUGGAUCUUGCUUUAGAUUCACUGGGAAGGUUACUAUUCUGGUCAUGUGCCAUAAAUGAUGCGAUCAAUGUUACAAAACUUGACAAUGGUUCCGCUCUAGGUGUUGUAGUCAAAGGUGAUGGAGAGAAACCAAGAAAUAUUGCAAUACAUUCAGAAAAAAGAUUACUUUUUUGGACAGAUAUUGGAAGAAAAAUGAGAGUAAUGCGCAGUAAAAUGGAUGGAAAGGAGAGAAUUGUAAUAGCGACUGAUCUAGAACAACCAACAAGUAUUGCGGUAGAUGCAAUUUCAAGCAUUGUAUAUUGGGCACAUGGAAAUCAGAUUGAAUGUGCAGAUUUUGAUGGGAACAAUAGAAGAAUUCUGGUUUCUCCCGUUGGACAAGGCUCAACUGUUUAUUUGUCUAUCUUUUUUGAUUUUAUUUAUUGGUUUGAUAGGGAAACAUCAAGUUUAGAGCGUAUUAAUAAAUCUGGAAAUGGAAGAAAAACAAUCAUGAAUAAAGUACUUACAGAUUUAAUUGCAAUAAAUACUCCACAAGAUGAUGUAAUGAAAACACAUAUUUGUAGUCCUUUUCGGGAGUAUGGAGGAUGCUCACAUUUUUGUAUAGGAAUCACUUCUUCUAGAUGUUCCUGUCCAAAAUCUUUGGUUUUAUCUGAAGAUGAAAAAACUUGUAGAGCUGCGCCAGCCUGUGGAACGGAUCAUUUUACUUGUGCUGCACCUAGUUCUGCAGUAACAAAAGAUUGUAUACCUGCUACAUGGAAAUGCGAUGGCCAAACCGACUGUCCUGAUGGAAGUGAUGAAUUAGGUUGUCCAGCUUGUAGUCGUGAACAAUUUAAAUGUCAAAGUGGCCAUUGCAUUGACAUGUCCUGGGUGUGCGAUGGAACAGCUCAAUGCCAUGAUGGCCUAGACGAAGCUCAUUGUUGCCGUCCAGGUCAAUUUCAGUGUAUUGGAAGUGGUGUUUGUAUUUCUGGUUCAGCGCUUUGUGAUGGUUGGGACGACUGUGCCGACGGAAGCGAUGAACUUGCAUCUGCGUGUACACCUGCAAACAAUCCUCGACAAGAAAAUAAUUCAUUAGAAUCUGGAAAAAUCACUUAUGUUAUUAUUGUACCUAUUGGACUGAUUGCAACAGUUGCUACAAUUGCUUUCGGAUUUUAUUAUUGUAGAAGAAAAUUCAUAAACAAUGAAGAAUUGCCUGAUAUUUUACAUGAUUCAGCUGGAGAUCCAUUAUCACCCAAACCAGUAAGAUUAGCAAAACCAAUGUUCGCGCAAAAAAAUUGUAGAAAAGAUUUGAAAAUUGGAAUGGAAACUGUAAGAAUGUCAAUGUUAAAUGGAAGCAGCAUAGGAUCAAGUUACGACCGCAGUCAUAUAACCGGAGCUUCCAGUUCAACUCGAGGUAGUUCCACAGGAGGUUACCCACAAGAAACAUUGAAUCCUCCUCCGAGUCCGGCAACAACAGCCAAUUCUACUAGAUGCUCAAGCAGUAAUGCGUCUAGGUAUAAACCUUAUAGGCAUUAUAGGAGCAUAAAUCAGCCUCCGCCUCCAACUCCCUGCAGUACAGAUGUUUGCGACGAAUCAGACAGCAAUUACCCAGCAAGAUAUAGAUAUGAAAGUGAACCCUAUCCUCCACCUCCUACUCCAAGAUCUGUUUACCAAAGUGAUGCUGCAAUUAGUUGUCCUCCCUCUCCUAGUUCACGAUCUUCUACGUAUUUUAGUCCACUUCCUCCACCUCCUUCCCCUGUUCCUUGAAUAUAUUAAAAAUUGUUUAUAUUCUAUUUUUUGAAGAAUGAGAUCUUUUGGUAAGUCUUUAGAAAUAAUUUAAAAAUGAAAAUUUAUUUUAUUAAAACGUUUAUAUUUUAUAAGUGGACAAGUAAAAACAUUAUUUUUAAAAUAUUCGAAAUCGAAGAAAGUAAAUGUUAAGCAAUUCUUAUUUAUUUAUAUUAAUAAGUAAAAUAAUAUAAGACAAAAAUUUUAUCAUUUUGUAGUUAAAUUUCAUUCAUUAAAUUUUACUUGACACCUUCCUUUAAAAAAGAUUUUCGAGGAAAGCUAUCUUUUUGCAACAUUAUUAAAUUUGUUUGAAGUGUUACUUAUAUUUGAAUAGGUUUUUUUUUAUUUCUGUAAAAAAUUUAUACCAUCGUGCCUCUUAACUUUGUAACGUAUUUGUAAGGAAUCUAAUCGUAAAAUGUAAAUAUUGUAACAAUGUAUAAAAGUUGUAUAUGAUUUUUAACAUUCGAGAUCCAAGUUGUUUUGCAAAAAAGGUUUUUUUUUAAGUACGUAUAUAUUUAUAGUGUAUAAGAAGUUAGUUGAGUAAUUUUCAUAUUUACAAUCAAGACAUAUCAAACUCUAUAUUACAAAUUAAAAAUAGAUAGAACAAUUGAAAAUUAUUUCUAAUGAGAAUAAAAUCAAAAUAAGCAAUGACAUAUGAUAAUUGAAUAAUCUAAGAACAUUUAAAAUGUGUAUUUAUAGAAAAAAAACAUUUUUUAAUUUUUACUGUGAAAAUGAGAAGUACUUCUUGCAUUUAUUUGCAUUUUUAUGUAACGGCUCUACCGUGAAAGUGAAAAUUACUAAAUGUGUAUUUAUAUAUUUACAUUUUCUAUAUAAUAGUUAAUCAACAUAUGAAAAUUAGUAUGUUACAAUUUUUAAAUAAUGAUAUAAAGUAAUGCUGUUCCUCCAGUUUAUAAUCGGACUGUGCCAUACAACAUUUAGGAUAUUUAGUAAAUGAAAUUCAAAAUUAUUGUAUAUAUAAAAUGUACAAUGUGUCGUGUGGAAAUGAUUUUUACCUCGCACUGCCAUUACACAAGCCUUGAAAAAAUACAUUCUAUUAAAUUAUCAUUCUUGUUUGGCAUCAAAGACUGAAAUAAUUCUUCUAUAUUUUUUUUACAUUUACGACAAAAAUGUGUAUUAUCCUAUGUAUGUAGCAUAAUUGUAUAAAAGAAUAAAACUUUUGUUACAUAUUUUAUAUGAUACUUAUUACUUUAUGAUAAAAUAAUUUAAAAAUUAUGCAUUUUAACAAUAAUUAAGAAAUAUAUUAUUAAUUGUAAGCUUUAGUUUUAAUCAAUUGCCUCGUAUUUUCUUGUAACUACCAUUUAUUUUUUCUAUUUAGGUACAAAAACGUACGUAAGUGUAAUUUAACAUAUAUUUUUAUUAAAAUUUAUUCACUAUUUACACACACAAUAUUUGUGUACAAUCGAAAGAUGUAAAAAUAUUAAUAAAAACAUCAAAUAGAAUACUAUAUAUACUAAUUCACUAUACAGACGCACUAUUUACAUUAGUCGUUUUUUACUUCUAUCUAUUUUACAGAUUUUACAGGCUGACGCGCGCCACAGCUAUAAAAGAUUCUUAAAAUCAUAUUCGUCUCUUUCUGUUUUUAUACAAAUAUACAUAUGCUCAGAUUUCUCUGCUAACAUAAAUAAUUGUUCCUCAGGCAGGUACGGUUUAUUCUUGACGGCAGGAAGAAUUUAUUUCAAAAUAUUUAUACCUUCAACAUUAAUGAAUUAAUCAAAUCAAAUUUAUAAACUAUAAAGAGCCAAAUUCAGGCAAUAAGAAGUUUAAGUUUAGGAGAAAAGAGACUUUAAAAUUUAUUGUGCACCCUGUUUAAAAUGGUAAAUUAUUAUUAUUAUACUUUUCAAGCUGUACAAUGUCUAAUUAUGUCUAUUAUAAAAUACGUGUUUUUAAGAGUUUUUACAAGUUCUUAAACAAGUUAUUGCAAGUCCUUAAUACAUUCAGUAUUUAUUAGAAGAAAGGAAAUAUAAUUUCUUUCCGUUUGUAUUAGUGAACUAAUAAAACUUGAUACAGAUUGUAUAAAUACUUCAAAAACAUUUUAUAUACAACAUUUAGAAGUUGUUUUAAUUAAUUAUUAAUUCCAAUAAAAUACAAAAAUCUUAUAUGUAUAUUCGAUGAAAGGAUAAUAUCUCAUUGUAAAGAGAUUAAAUGAUAUUUCAAAAUAUAUGUAUUCUGGUAAUAAUUCUGUAUUGUUUAAUACUGCUCAUAUUUUAGCAUAUUAUGUUAAUUAAAAAUGGAAUUGGAAAAUGAAAUGUUUGAUAAACGCCUGAGAUAUCUUUGUUCAAAUAUUUGAAAAGUUGUAUUAAAUCUACUACAAAUCUAACAUUAAUGUAACAGAAUUUUAAGAUACCACAGAGAAAUAGUUACUAAUAAAAUAAAACAUAAAAAUGAAAUGCGUAAGAAAUUAUAAAAAAAGCUUCUUUUUUAGAUUGAUAAAUAAAUAUGGAUGUAAGAGUCUCAGUUAAGUAUUUUAUCAAUAUAUAAUAUCCCUGCCGUCAAAGAAAUUGAUUGUAUUCUUGUUCAAAGAAAAAUUUCUCAUUUUGAACAGUUAACAAUCGAUUAAAAAAUUAAUCAAUAGUCAAUAGCAACAAAUUAUUGUUUUAGAAUCUUUCUUAACAAAAGGGGAGGGGGGUACUUAAAAUUUUGGCGCGCGCAUUUACCUCGAUUUAAAUCCUCCUUUGAAAAUAUUUUCUCCUUUCUCAACUGUAAGAUAUUUUAAUGUAAGGUACAAGUACAAACAAGGAUCAAAAUCUUAAAUGCUUAAUUUUUUAAAUCUUUCU